AUGGAUGCUGGUUAUUUGCCUCUGUCGAAAGCAACGACUUCUGGGAUCCUGUCACCUUCAUGCCACCUGAGAGCCGGAUACGAUGAGGAGGAGAAGGAGGAUGAGAGUGAUGAAACAUCGUCAUUCAGCUCUCUACAAUGCCGGGAGCGCGAGAAAGUGGACGACCUGCUGAAAGAGGAGGAGAAGGAGACCGAAGACUAUCUGGGCGCCAUGACGCCCUCCUUCAGCCUUUCGGCGCCGGAGGCCAAGGACGAGGACAUAGAGACAGGCCACGAGCGGGAGGCGCCGGGCGCUGCACCCUGGAGGAUCUUCCGCAACAUGACUUUGGCCACGUGCUUCUUCUGGAUCUGCGCCGGGGCAUGGGAGUUCAUGGCCGAGCUGCUCCCAGAACUCAUUGACAUGGGCUUGGCAUUUGAGGAUGAGAUCGAAGCCCAGACAAAGCAUUCCACACAGUUGAAUCUGGAACACGUUCGCCUUCAGCCUGUGGAUGCGAUAGCCUUUGCGGGGGAGCACAGAGCCUCUCUGAUGGCUCUACGCACUGCUGUCAAGUCCGCCCACUACGAGCAGGUCAACAUUACGCGGGACAAACAUGGAGAAACCGGCAGUGCAAUUCGCAGUGCAUUUGGAGUGGAGAUUCGGCUUCAGGCCGACGGGAUUGUCUUGUGA